GCAGACACAACUGUUGAGUGAGCGCUCAGUAUAAUUGGUUAAUACUUUUAGAUCCAGCCAAUAAAUAUUUAGGACUCUCUGGAGUCUCUAGUGUCACUGCCUUGACGAACUCCGAAGGAGGAAGACGCUCGUCGCGCGUAGAACAGCGCGAUUGCCUCAAUAGCACGUGUCGUGACGAGACAUUGUGCAAUUCGCGGACCAACUUAUCGAGGGAUCCGGUCAUGUCUGCGGGAUUCGUGGAGGGUCAAUUCAGUGACGCCGAGGAGGGCGAACAGCCCCCGGAGCAGAACACGUUCAAGGGAACGCCGUUGUUCGACGCGAAUAUGAAGAAGCCGCCUGAAAAAGAAAUGGCUAGACUGAACAUCACGGGCAACGAAGAUAACGACGAAGACAGCGACGGCGAUGACGUUACGGUGAAUCGUUACUGUUGCAACUACGAUUUGGACGAGAGGAAGAAUGCCGUCGUAAAGACCAACUUGCAGCGACCCAACACCCAGAACGUGUCUACGAAGCUAACGAAUUAUCAGCCCAAGUGCAAGCUGCUGUCCCGUUACGCGAACAAGAUUAAUUUGGAGAAACACGCGGGCCCGUCGUUGCCAGACAACGUGGCCAACGUGCUGAUCGAGAGCGACAAGAAGAUGGACAAAAAUCGCGCGAGGACGAAAGACAAGAGCGAUCACGCGACGAUCGAGAACGUACUGGAUUCGCGCAUUAGGUACAACCUGUACGAUAUGUUCGCGCAGGGCGUGCUGAAGGAGCUACAAGGCUGUAUCUCGACCGGGAAGGAGGCCAACGUUUAUUACGGCAGGUCGCCGGAGGGAGACGAGGUCGCCAUCAAGAUAUAUCGAACGUCCGUCCUGGCGUUUAAGAAUCGGGACAAGUACAUCAAGGGCGAUUACCGCUUCAAACAUGUGCACUCGCUGCACAAUCCGCGCAAGAUGGUGAAGCUCUGGGCGAAGAAGGAGUUCGACAAUUUGAAUCGCUUGAUGGAGGGCGACGUGCGUGCGCCGCGGCCGAUCAAAAGCAACGAUCACAUAGUGGUGAUGGAGUUUCAGGGCUUGGACGGCUGGGCGGCGCCCAAGCUGAAGGACGUCGUGCUCACGGACGCCAAGUCUAGGACGUUGUACAGAGAGUGCAUCGAGAUUAUGUGGAAGAUGUACAACAGGUGCAAGCUCGUUCACGCCGACUUGAGCGAGUACAAUAUACUCUACCACAACGGAUCGAUCGUGGUCAUUGACGUGUCGCAGGCCGUGGACCGCGACCACGACGGUGCAAUGGAAUUCCUUCGAAAAGACUGUGAUAACAUUACAGUAUUUUUCAGAAAGCACAACGUGAACGUGAUGCCGCUUCAGUCGCUGUUUGACUUCAUAACGGAUCCGACGGUAAACGAGGAUAACAUGGACGAGUACUUGGACAUGCGGAUGCGGGAGACGGAGCAAGAGAAAGAUUCGCAGCAACAGCAGGUGGACGAGGCGGUGUUUAAGCAAGCGUACAUUCCUCAGAGAUUGACUCAGGUGGUCGAUGUGGAACGCGAUAUCAAUCUCGCGAAAUCCGGAAAGGAUUUGAUUUACAAGACACUGUUGGGCCUGAAGGCGGACUUGUCCAAGCCCGCGGAAAUACCGGAGAUCCUCGCGAACAAGGACAAGGACAGCAAAGGCGUGAAGGAGAAAUGCGACGCUCGCACCUCUUCCGAGGCCAGCGACGAUUCUGACAGCGGGAGCGAGACGGACAGCGAGGAUAACAAUAAAACUAAAUUCGUAAAUUCGGCUAGGCCCAGAAACGAGAGUCCCGAAAGUAGAAAGGCGCGCAAGAAGGCAGUCAAGGAACAGCAGGCGGAGAAGCGAAAAUCUAAGAUAAAAAAGCACGUGAAGAAACGCAAGAUAAAAGUGUCGAGAGGAGGGAAGUAGAUGCCCACGUGUAGGAAAGAGUAUAAGAAUAUUAUGCAUUGUACAUACAAUAUUGUACAAUAUUGUACAUUGGUAUUCAUUAGCAAUCGUUUAAGAUCUUUUAGCAUAUUUAAGAAAAAAAAGUACAAAAACCAAUAGGACAAGAUUAUUUAGAAGAGUGAAUAGAAUGCAAUUUGACAAAAUACAUGUAUCAAGUACU